UGCGCGCCAUGCGUCACAGUCUCUGCGGAGGGCGCCAGCUAUUCCUCCGAGAAUCUGGCACAUAGUAUCAAUCCAUGCCAUCGGCAGAACACGCCCAAGUGGGGUGGCCGCCUGCACCUGCGUCGGGGAGAUACGACUAGAGACCCUGGGCGGGGAUUCGUCUCCAACGCGCCCCCACUCUGCCGGAAGAAUGUGCUGGGCGCUGGUCGAGAGUCACGGAGAAACAGUGUGAGGGCCACAGGGGGAACUGCUCGGAAUAAUCCCGGAAUCUGGGGUUGUAGUCUGGGGAUUCGCUGGGGUUCCACGGAAGCGGGGAGAUGCUAGCAGAGGAGAAGUCUGGUGUUGGCUACAGUUUUCCGGAGAGAACUGAAAUAAACCUGUUCAAUACUAGAAAUCCUUUUCAGUACUAUCAAACUGGGUCCAAUCUGGGCACUACAGUUAUUGACGCUGCCAUGGACUUCCAGCUGCGGCUAUUCUUGUAUUUUUCACUCCACCCUCUGCUAAUCCCUUACUACUUUAAUUUAUCGCAAUCUCUCUACAGCUGGUCUCGCAGUUCUACCGACCACCUGCUUGAAGCGUGGCCAUCCUGCCGAUUUGUCUAUUUUUGGCCAUCUGUAGCUCAUCUCAAGUGUGUGCAGGACCAAUUUUACCCAACGUUGGUUUGUUGCCUGCACUUGGGCCGGUGUAAUCGCACUGAUGGUGACAGCUCCAAAUUGUACAGCCUGGCCUUCUGUGUUCUCAGGAACCGUUUCUUUUUUUGGCUUCUGGCCGUAUGCAGGAUGGCUUUUCCGAUCGAUUGUGUCAGGAUUACGUAGCCUCGCGUCGCCUGCUGUGCGAUCUGGAGGACGUUAGCCCCUGGCCUCCUGGUGAACUCCCAACGGCUCCGGGCCGGUGGCGGGCUCUGCGUGGAACAGUGGCCCUGCUCGCCGAAACUUCGCCGGCUCGUGC